CUUCAUGAACAUCAAUGAACAUAAACAUAACCCCAUAUAACCCCAAUGUUUUCUGAGUGAGUGUUUGUGAUUAUCGCCCGAUUUUAUCAGUUUCCUGAUGGAUACAAGUCCAGAUUCAGCAGGAGGAGACGAGGAAGGCAGUGCAGAUGCCUCAUGGUCGCCCAAUUUCACCCAGAAAUGGUCGCCCCAGUCCCUGCACGACAAAAACCGCAAAAGCGCCUUUCAGCCCUAUAAGCUGUGCUCCACCUCCUCCACCGUGCUCACUAACUUGCAACGGGGCAACACGCAGGCGGAGACUCUGAUACCGCAGCCAGUAGAGCUGACUUUCCACAUGAAAGCCGGGCAAGGAGAGCUGAACAGUCACGAUAUUCUAAAGGAACCCGAUGUGGAUGUGGUGGAUGUGAACGGGUUGACUGCGUUACAUUGGAGCGCCGCCUACGGCCAAUACAAUACUGUGGAGCUUCUGGUCAGCUACAAUGCCGAUGUAAAUAAACUGGGGCCUGAUGAGGAGACUCCAUUGAUUCUAGCGGCCAGUGGAGGCCAUCACGAGGUCGUUAAGUUGUUGCUGAGCCAUGGGGCUAAGGUGGACCAUGUCGAUCAUCUCUGCAAUACAGCCUUAAUGUAUGCAGCUAAAGGAAACCAUCCGCAUACUUGCCAGGAGCUUCUGGGGCAAGGCGCCAACUUUGGACUCGUUAACUUAGACGAUGACACAGCCUUGAGCAUAGCUGUAGAAAGCAAUAGUACGUCAGCGCAAGUUGUGAUAGAAAACCAUAUAAUUAUGUAUAUGGAGAACGGCCAAUCCACAAAGGAGGAUUAAGUGAUACUCAUAUUAAAUAUGCGAAUGUUAUAUUUGCUACAGUUUUAACAUAUUAUACACUGACUGGCUUGAACCUCAAUUGUCCAAGUUUUUUAGGGGUGAUUUGCCUGCAAAGUACAGUUGUUGAUAGUAAUAAAUGUGUGUUUAACAUCAGGCCAAUUGGCCAAUGGUUUUAGGUGUUAGUCAGCGUAUUAUUUUUGGUACAAUAUAAAUUAUUAUAAGUUA